AUGGCCUUCACAGACCUGCUGGAUGCCGUGGGUGGCGUGGGCCGCUUCCAAUUCCUCUACACUGGCCUGUUGCUGCUGCCAUGUGCCCUGCUAGCCUGCCACACCUUCCUACAAAACUUCACAGCCGCUGCACCUUCGCACCACUGCCAGCACCCCUCCAACCGAACAGAGGAAACCAUUAAAGACUCAGGGGCCUGGCUGAGGGCCACCAUUCCCCUGGACCAGCAUGGGAUCCCUGAGCCAUGCCAGCGCUACGUGGAGCCUCAGUGGGCCCUUCUGAGCCCCAACACCUCUGUCCCAGGGGCAGCCACAGAGGGCUGCAAGGACGGCUGGGUUUAUGACCACAGCAUUUUCCCAUCCACCAUCGUGACAGAGUGGGAUCUGGUGUGUGAGGCACGCACCCUCCGUGACCUGGCGCAGUCCCUCUACAUGGCUGGAGUGCUGGUGGGGGCUGCUGUGUUUGGCAGCCUGGCAGACAGGCUGGGCCGCAAGGUCCCCCUGGUCUGGUCAUACCUACAGCUGGCAGUUUCGGGGUCCGCUACAGCAUAUGUCAGCUCCUUCAGCGCCUACUGUGUCUUCCGGUUCCUAAUGGGCAUGACCUUCUCCGGAAUCAUCCUCAACUCCCUCUCGCUGGUUGUGGAGUGGAUGCCCACCCAGGGCAGGACGGUGGCGGGCAUCCUGCUGGGCUACUCCUUCACCUUUGGUCAGCUCAUCCUGGCAGGUGUGGCGUACCUGAUCCGUUCCUGGCGGUGGCUGCAAUUUGCCGUAUCUGUUCCUUUCCUGAUCUUUUUCCUGUGUUCUUGGUGGCUGCCAGAGUCAUCCCGGUGGCUCCUCCUUCAUGGCAAGUCCCAGCAAGCCUUGAAGAACCUAAGAAAGGUGGCUGUGAUGAAUGGAAGAAAGGAGGAAGGGGAAAGGCUGACCACGGAGGUGGUGAGCUCCUACGUCCAGAGUGAGUUUGCAAGUGUCCGCACCUCCAGCUCCAUCUUGGAUCUCUUUCGAACCCCAGCCAUACGCAAGGUCACCUGCUGUCUCAUGGUUGUCUGGUUCUCCAACUCCAUCGCUUACUAUGGCCUGGCCAUGGACCUGCAGAAGUUCAGUCUCAGCAUCUUCCUGGUGCAGGCUCUGUUUGGAAUAAUCGACAUCCCGGCCAUGUUGGUGGCCACCACCACCAUGAUCUAUGUGGGCCGCCGGGCCACUGUGGCCUCCUUCCUCAUCCUGGCUGGGCUCAUGGUCAUUGCCAAUAUGUUUGUGCCUGAAGAAAUGCAGACUCUGCGCACAGCCCAGGCAGCUCUGGGCAAGGGCUGCCUGGCCAGCUCCUUCAUCUGCGUGUACCUGUUCACGGGUGAACUGUACCCCACAGAGAUCAGGCAGAUGGGGAUGGGCUUUGUCUCAGUCCACGCCCGCCUGGGAGGCCUGGCAGCACCCUUGGUCACCACUCUGGGGGAGUUCAGCCCAGUCCUGCCACCUGUGGUUUUUGGUGCCACCUCAAUCCUGGCUGGACUGGCUAUCACCUGCUUCCUGACUGAGACCCGCAAUGUGCCGCUGGUGGAGACCAUCGCUGAGAUGGAGAGGAGAGUCAAGGAAGGCCCUUCCAGGAAAGAUGCAGAAGAGAAGAGUGAAGAAAUUUCUCUUCAGCAGCUGGGGGCUUCUCCCCUCAAAGAAACCAUCUAA